UGUUGCCGGUAGCCGGCGUCUCAGUCACUUCAUUUCCCGUUGUUGCGCAAAUACGUCCAUUUGAAACCCCUCGAAAUCAUUUUCCCAAUAUUUUUUGACAUUAUUUCUCCUCAAUUCAUAAGGAGAAACUCACCAUCUCUACACCAGCCUUCGAGGAAUAACCAAUUCAGAGUAAAAUCCAGGGAAAAUGGAUCGAGGAGGAGGUCGUGGUGCCCUAAUAGCGGCCCUGAAGAAGAAGGCACUGGUCCAAGGAGAGAGUGGAGAAUCUUCAGAAGCAUUGCCACCCCCAGUGAUGGAUCCAGCGCCAGUACCAGUGGUUGAGUCUCCAAUACCUCGGCCCUUACUCCCAACAAGAUCAAUUCGCCCAGUCACACAGCCUCCACCACUUCCAACGAGAUCAAAUUUUCCAGUCACACGGCCUCCACAACUGCCAACGAGAUCAGUCCCCUCAUUGCCCGCCAGACUUCCUACGCGAUCAGUCACUUCACUUCCCCCAAGGACUGAGGCCCCAAUCUUCCCCUCGAAGCUGCCUCCAAGCUCACCCUUCACUGGCAUUGCUCGAGGGAGAGUUAAUCUUCUGGAGACUACGACGAAACAAGCAUCUAUUCCCGAAUCACAUCCAAUUCCUGCUGUACCACCUGCAGCAGUACCACUUGCAGCAGUGCCACCUGCAGCAGUACCACCUGCAGUAGUACCACGAGUAGGCAUGGGCCGAGCAUCUCGUAUUUGUAAGCUCACAGAGCAGCGGACAUUACCUCCAUUCCCAGCAGAGCCCCUGCCGCCCCAUCCUGAAUCACCAAGUCCACCACCAGCUCGUCCUAUGCCAAGAGCCUCUGGAGACAACCUCGGUGUCACUGGGAGUCUCGCAGGUAUGGCCCUUGGCGAGCAGUCUGGAGGAUCUGGAAGUGAUCUGAGUGCCCCCAUCUCCAGAAUGGGCAGCAGUGGAGAGCCUGUCAACAUUAUGUCCAACUACCUGGGCCUCACGAACAAUCCAGACAAGGGAAUCUUCAGAUACGAAACAAGAUUUGAUCCCGAGACUGAUUCACCACGUGUCAGGAACGCUCUCCUCAAUCAGCAUCUGCAGUUGCUGGGCAAAUGCAAGAUAUUCGAUGGAGUCCUCCUCUACGUGCCCAAUAGACUAACCGAAGCGCAAACGACAUUGGAAUCAAUUCGUCAUGAUAAUGUUAGGGUGACAAUUACUCUAAUCUUUCAAAAGCACCAGAGGCCCUCGGAGUCUGUACAGUUUUACAACAUUUUGUUGGGCAAAGUGAUGAACUGCCUCAAGAUGGUUCGCAUCAAUCGUAGUAAUUUUAAUCCACGAUGUGCCCACAAAAUUGAACAGCAUAAGAUGGAACUCUGGCCAGGUUAUGUGACGGCUAUUGAGGAGGUCGAGGGUGGAUUGAAACUCAACAUUGACGCCUCUCACAGGGUCAUGAGAACCAAUACUGUGCGUGACUACAUGGGGGAACUGCUGAGGCAGAGUCAUAACAAAGGAAAUUUCAGAGCUGCUGCGACAGCGGAACUCCUAGGGAUGACGGUUCUCACUCGGUAUAAUAAUAAGACCUACAGGAUUGACGACAUCCACUGGGACAAGACUCCAGCCUUCACGUUUGAUUGCAAGGGAACAGAGACAUCUCUGGCCGAGUACUACAAGGCCCACUGGAGCAUGGAGAUUAUGGACAUGAAACAGCCCCUUAUCUACCACAAGGCCAAGAAGAAACUUCCUCAGGGGGGAACACAGGAGGAUGAAGUUCUGCUGAUACCCGAGCUGUGCUAUCUCACUGGUCUCACUGACAAAUUACGCAAUGACUUCAAGAUCAUGAGGGACUUGGCCACAAUAACCCAGGUUGUUCCUGAACAACGUCGAAACGUCAUCAGGAAAUUCAUUCAAGAUGUGAAAAAUACACCCAUUGCCAAUGAGUUGUUGCAAUACUGGGGGCUGCAGAUUGAGGAUGAUCUGACGAAAUUGAAGGGACGAGUGUUAUCACCUGAAAUAAUUCAUUUUGGUAACGGUUCUACGUUCAAGGUAAAUGAUAGGGCAGACUGGGGCAGACCAGCUACCACCAAUCCUCUUCUGAGGUCUGAUGGAAUGAAGAACUGGUUCAUCUGCUUCACUGAAAGGGAUCAGAGGGUUGCUGAUGAAUUCAUCAAGAUGUUGAAGAGAGUCGGGGGAACCAUGAAGAUGGACAUAGGCAAUCCUCAGAAAGUUGCUCUCAGGAAUGACACCACUCAGAGUUAUGUCCAGGAGAUCAGGAAGGCCAUUAACCCUGAGCUGGAGAUGAUUGUCGCGAUUGUGCCGACGGUCAGGCUUGAUAGGUAUUCUGCUAUUAAGAAGGUUUGCUGUGUGGAGUCUCCUAUCAGGUCACAGGUAAUUGUUACUAAGACCAUCUCCGACGAGCGGAAAAUCAAAGCAGUGGCUGAAAAAAUAGCAAUCCAAAUGAAUUGUAAGCUGGGUGGUGCCCCCUGGGCCCUCGUCAUGCCCUUCGAGGACGUCAUGCUAGUGGGCAUUGACGUUUAUCACCCUCCAGCUAAUCAACCUAAGACUGGAAGUGUCACUGGAUUUGUGGCAAGUCUUGACAAGGCCAUGACCACUUGGCACUCCAGCACUGCUAUUCAGGGGCCUCACCAGGAGGUCAUCGACAUACUUAAGGCUUGCAUUGUCUCCGCUCUGAAUGCCUACAGCAGGCGCCGUGGCACCUACCCGGACAGAAUCAUCGUUUAUCGUGAUGGGGUUGGAGAUGGACAGCUGAAUUUUAUCGCUGAGUACGAAAUUGGACAGCUCAAGGAUGCAUUUAAAUUGAUCGAUCCUUCAUACUCACCUAAAUUGACUGUCAUUAUUGUCCAAAAGAGGAUCAACACGAGAGUCAUGAUGUUGAAAGGGAAUAACCUGCAGAACCCAGUGCCCGGUACGAUUGUCGACUCAGUGGUGACUCGAAGGAACUGGUAUGACUUUUUCCUGGUGCCACAGACAGCCAAACAGGGCACAGUUACACCAACACACUACAUCGUUCUUCUCGACGAAGCAGGAUUUAAAACUGACCAUCUCCAGAGGCUCUCCUAUAAACUAUGUCACCUCUACUACAACUGGCCAGGUACUAUCAGAGUACCUGCACCCUGUCAGUAUGCUCACAAGCUAGCGUAUCUUGUGGGUCAGAACAUUCAGGCACGACCCAGUGAUCUCCUGUCCGAAUGCCUCUAUUAUCUUUAGAAGAAAUUUUAUUAUUCGAGACUUAGAAACGUACUAAGGCCCUUGACUGGGUCUUACCGAGUCCCAAAGUUAUAUGACAAAGAUUAGUCGUUAAUUUUUUUUUUACUUUAUUUUUCAUUUCGAAGGAAUUCGAAUUUCAUUUUUUUUUCACCAAUGGAGAAACGAAGUGGUCUAAUGAGCUGAGAACAGUUUUUCUACUCAUUUCAUUUUCUCGAUUAUUUUCAAUAAAAAUAUUUAUCAAGGCUUGGCAUAUUCAUCUGCAGUCAAUUAAUUUAGGUUGAACGGUUCAUUGAUCAUAUUGUCCUAUCAAACAUUCCAAACGAAUUAUAGUAAUAAUUUCAUUCAAUUGCGUUGAUUGAUUCUCUAAUUGAUUUUUUUUCAUUUACUUUCGAUUUUCAUUUAAUUCUUACGAUUUUAUAUCGUAGAAAGACUCUGUUAACCUAGUGAUUGUUUGGACAACAGCGUCACAAUGGUAAUAAGUAUUCAACAAUUGUGAUUCAAGUGUCUUUGAGACUAAAGUAUAAAAUAAUAUACUUCUACCUCCUGGGAGAAUAUCCCAUCAAACGAAAAGGGAAAAUAUUCCUUUUUCGAGUAGCGUGAUAAAAAAAGUAUUGAAAUUGUUCAGAGUUUAACGAUUUCAUCGUAUUAAGAGAUAGAGCACAAUAAAUACGAGAGUACUUAUUUUUUAUAACAAUGUUGUGAGUUGAAUGAGGAAGGAUUGAUCUUGGAGUUGUAUUAUUUUAUAUCAACAAAAUUAGUCACAGUUGGGGAUUCGGGGGAGGAAUGUCUUCGCAUGGAUAAUUGUAUGCACAACCAGACGUUAACUAUUAAAAGCCAUAGGUACUUUUCUUGCCAAAAAAAUUCAGAUGAGGACUGUGAAGAUAUUUAUUGACAGUUGUUCAUAUAUAGCGAAUAAUUUGUUCCUUCAAGUUCAUCGAAUUUUUCUAUACCUUGACCCACAAAAAUCUAUACUUUCCUCAGCAACUCCAUGAGUUAAUUUUAUUGCAACGUUAAUAUGAUGAAAAAAAGGGUAUUGUUGAACGCCAAAAAUGUACGAUUAGGACUUUGAAAUAAAAGAUAGAGAAGAACAGCA